UCGCACUCGUUCCGUUUCAACGUGAUCGAUAAUCGCGUUGAAGCUAUGGCUGCGCUCCACAAGCGUCGACAGGAGCUCGGCGACAGAAAGCUUCGGCGGGAGGAAGCGCCGCCGCGCGCCGCCGGGAGCGACGCGGCGCCGCAGCGGAGACUAGCGGCGGCGGCGCUGUACGGACUCAGCUCGUUCCUCAUCGUGGUGGUGAACAAGAGCGUCCUGACGAGCUACAGAUUUCCAUCGUCGACAUGUGUUGCACUCGGCCAGAUGUUGGCUACGAUUGUAGUUCUGAGGACUGGGAAGCUGUUGGGUGUUAUCUCGUUUCCAGAUGUGGAUACGAGUAUACCGCGCAAGAUGUUUCCACUGCCUCUUCUGUACGUCGGGAAUCAAAUAUCCGGGCUUUUUGGGACACAGCGACUCAAUCUGCCCAUGUUCACAGUCCUGAGGAGGUUCAGCAUUUGUCUCACGAUGCUGUUUGAGGGACUCCUGCUGAAGAAGACCUUCUCUGCGCCGGUGAAGGUCACCGUGUUCACCAUGGUCUUUGGUGCUUUCAUUGCCGCCAGCGCGGAUCUAGCGUUCGACCUCGAAGGCUACGUCUUCAUCAUGAUGAACAACGUCCUGACGGCGGCCAGCGGGGCGUACGUCAAGCAGAAACUAGACGCCAAGGAGCUGGGCAAAUAUGGACUUCUCUACUACAACGCUUUAUUCAUGAUUGUCCCCACUGCGGCCUACGCUUACUACUCCGGGGACUUGCAAGUGGGGUUGGAGUAUAGUGGAUGGUCCGAUCAGCUGUUUGUUGGGCAGUUUGUGCUCUCCUGUGUCAUGGGAUUUAUUUUAAUGUACUCCAUCAUGCUGUGCACGCAGUACAACUCGGCCCUCACCACCUCCAUCGUCGGCUGUAUUAAGAAUAUCCUCGUGACUUACAUUGGAAUGGUGCUUGGAGGAGACUACAUAUUCAGCUGGACUAACUUCACGGGCCUAAACAUCAGCAUCGCAGGCAGCCUGCUGUACUCCUACAUCAUCUUCACACAGGAGCAGACCAAAAAGGCGUAAUCCACGGGUCCCGUCACGACGUCGAAGAACUGCGAUCGUCUGGCUCUUAAUUAAGCUGUCAAAAUGUUUGACAAACAAUUCAAUUAUAUAUCUUUAAUAAAGACAAAGUGCCUUAACUUU